AUGUCGGAACUAAUUGGAAAGUUGAUGGUGUCUUUGAAUCAACAUGUCCAAGGCCCUGGACAAACUAUAGUAGACUUCAACGAGUAUUUAAAUUACCUGGCCUUUGAUGUGAUAGGCGACUACGCGUUUGGCAAACCGUUUGGGUUUCUCGACAGGGAGAAGGACCAUCUCAAUCUGAUUGCCACCAUCGACGCGCGGGGAGAGGUACUCAAUGCUCUAGGUCAUCUACCACAAUUUGUAAGGCCUAUGAUGAAGUGCUUUGUGAUGGAUCCAUUUUGGCCGAACGGCUUGAGGGCGACAUCUAAUUUGGCGACCUUUGGCACAUCUGCCUUUUGCCAACGCCGAGACCAGCAAAAUAGCCGGAAAGAUCUUUUGAGCUUCUUGUUUGAGGCUGUGGACCCGGACAGUGGACUUCCCCUAACAGAGAAGGAAAUCAUCGCAGAGUCCAUUUCAUUCAUCGUGGGUGGUAGUGAUACCACGAGCUCUACCAUGACCAACGUGGUUGAUAUUGUUUCGCGCUUGCCCGACAUUCAAAACAAGCUUCAGGAAGAGUUGGACCGUGAAUUCCCAAGCCAGGUAGCCCCUGACUGGGCUGCGGACUACAAAACUAUCAAUCAGCUUCCUGUCUUGAAUGCCGUUGUGCGAGAAACCAUGCGCUUCAGGCCGACUAGCUCCACAGGGUUGGAGCGAGUAACACCCAAGGGAGGAAAGAUUAUUGCCGGAAAAUUUAUCCCCGAAGAUACCUUGGUCAGUGUGCCAACUUUGAACAUUCAUCAUGACCCCGGGGUAUUCGCAGACCCAGGUCAAUUUGACAUUUCACGAUGGCUCAACGACAGUUCUCCGGAGCUGCUUGACUCCUUCUAUCCAUUUUCCCUAGGCCCACGCGCGUGCAUCGGGCGAAAUUUUGCCUGGAUGGAGAUGCUCAAGACACUUGCCACUAUCUUCAAGGUAUAUAGAAUUGAAAGAGCGCACCUCCAGGACACGCAAGUGCGGGAGGGCUUUUUCGUCAAAAAUAGCGAGUGUCGGGUCACGCGGUGUCUUGAUGUCCUAUCGAUAAGCCGUUCCCCAUCUACCACAUUCAUUACCUCCACUUCACUCCGCUCCAUCAUGGCUUCUCCGCGAUCGCCGCCAAAUGAAGCAGGAGGAUCAGCAGAAGAUCAGACAAUCUGGCAUCCAGCACAAGAGUGGUUAGAAGAGGUUGAAAUGAUGACGGACCAGGACUACCAGCCGUCGCCAUCAACAUCAGACCACGAUGACGAAUGGGAGGAUGAAAUGGACGAGGAAGACGAGGAACCAAGCAUCGAAAAUCCGGAUGGUAACGAUGGUACAUAUGCAUCUGAUAUUCGAGAUGCGCUGCUAGAAAGGGAGUCUUCGCGUAUCAAUCUUGGCAAUAUACAAAUCGAGAUUACAACGGAUGAUUCAAAUGAUGGAGACGCGGGGGAUGGAGAUUCCGACUAUAUGCGCAUCUCAGGAGCUCGACUAUUCCAUUUCUUGACAUUGAGUGGUUUGCGUGAUACCCUUCGGGCCAAUGGAUGGCCACCUCUUCUAGAGGGAGAAGAGGAAAUAGACGAUGAAGAUGAUUCGCUCCAUACUGGAGGUCGACCUCGAGGAAGACGGCAUAGAGGAAGCUAUAAAUGGCCUGAAGUCCCUAGCAGCGCUGGCACCGACUUGAUGGGCUCCGGUAUCUUUGGGACUAAUCAAUACUAUGUCGAUCGAAUCAAGAAGCGCAAACAAGCCUUCGCGACCAAAUUGAUGUGGCGCGAGCUCGGGAUUGGCCCGUAUGGAGUACGGCGGAGAGUCAACCAGUCUGUCUUUCAGAAAAUGAUACCGGGUUCACCAGCAGAUAAGAUUAUCCAUUAUGAUGCACGAAGUUACUCUGGCCAGUUCUCAGACGAUGGGAACUUCUUUUUCUGUUGCGGGCAAGACUUCAAGGUUCGAAUGUAUGACACGUCUAACCCGUACAAUUGGCAAUACUACAAGACGGUCGAGUAUCCGUUCGGUCAAUGGACAAUUACCGAUGCCUCUCUGAGUCCCGACAAUCGUUUUCUUGUUUAUAGUUCAAUUCGCAGCGCAGCAUAUCUGGCUUCGACAGACCCGGAAGAUGGGUCAGACCCCAGCGAACUGGACUUUUCUCUUUUACCAGGCCAAUCCCGAAGACAGAGUUGGAAUACUUCACGAUCUAGAUUUGGAAUAUGGUCACUUCGCUUCUCUGGAGAUGGGCGGGAAGUUGUCGCUGGCACGUCAGAGGAUUCCGUCAUUGUGUUAGAUCUGGAAACUAGGCAGCCCGUACUGAGCCUGCGAGACCGUCACCAACAUCAUGUCAAUGCGGUUUGUUUUGGUGACACAUCGUCUCCCCAUAUCCUCUAUUCUGGAUCCGAUGACACAACAUUGCGAGUCUGGGACAGGCGAUCCAUGGGUGAUGGGCGCGAGGCUGGCGUAUUCACCGGGCACACAGAGGGUUUGACCUACGUCGACAGCAAAGGUGAUGGCAGAUACGUUCUUUCAAACAGCAAAGAUCAGACCAUGAAACUUUGGGACCUUCGAAAAAUGAUGACUGCAAGCAAAGCUGACACUAUCGAUUUCAAUAUGUAUGCGACGGACUUUGAUUACCGCUUUGAAGAAUACCCUGAAGAAUACCGUGAACCACAUCCGGCUGAUUGCUCGGUGGUCACCUUCCGCGGCCACAGUGUCCUCAAGACCCUUAUCCGUUGCCACUUCUCGCCCCCGGGAAGUACCAAUUCACGCUAUGUAUAUACCGGCAGUGAAGAUGGUAAGGUAUAUGUUUACAAUUUGGAUGCCACUAUGGCCGGAACAAUCGACGUCGGCAUGGCUACCAUCAAUUCUCGGCCCCGCGGACCAGAUUCCGUCCCAAAUACAUGGGAGAUGGGUGGAGAUAUGAUGUGGAGAACUUGUGUUCGGGAUGCAAGCUGGCACCCGAAUGUCCCGGUGUUAGCAGCAACCUCCUGGAAUGGAUGGGGCUUGUCCAACGGGACUUGCACCGUGCACUCAUGGAAUGACGGAGCUGCUACAGACGAAGGCGACCCACCAAUUGGUAGAAGCUACGAUCACAAGCUACGGUCAUUGCCAGAGUUCAACGAGUACCAAGAUAAUCCUCCGGCUACCCGCAUGCGCAGACGCACGCAACGUCCGCUCCGGAGUCGGCCUGUGCCUCGAGCUUCUGAAGAAGAUGACCCUGAUUGGUGA